GCAAAGAGAAAGAGAAAGAAUCAGUAUAGAGGAAUCCGGCAGCGCCCAUGGGGAAAAUGGGCUGCCGAGAUUCGUGAUCCCAGGAAAGGGGUACGUGUCUGGCUGGGAACGUUCAAUACUGCAGAGGAAGCUGCAAGGGCGUAUGAUACUGAGGCGCGUAGAAUUCGUGGCAAGAAAGCUAAGGUGAACUUUCCUGAUGAAGCUCCACUUUCUUCAUCAAAGCAGUCAAUUAAGGAAAACACACGGAAACCACUUCCAAAGACAAAUUCAAGCCAGUCUUUCAGUUACUUGAGCAACCCAGAACUGAAUUAUAAUAAUAUGGGCUUUGUGGAAGAGAAACCACUAGUUAAUCAGUUUGGAUCAAUGAAUUCUUUUCCAAUCAAUGGGGAUUCUGGGAUGAAGACCUUAGCUUCAUCUGACAGUGCUCCUAUGUGUUUCAAUUCUGACCAGGGGAGCAACUCAUUUGAUUGUGACUUUGGGUGGGGAGAACAAACCCCAAUGACUCCUGAAAGCUUGACUGUUCUUGCAGCUACACCAGAAGCUGAUGAAUCUCUCCUUGCCAUUCCUGAGGAGUUGGAAUCAUACUCCGAGAAUGCAGUGCCUGCUGAAGAGAAGAAUGGAAAAUCCCUGUCCGAAGAGUUGCUGGUGUUUGACAGUCAGUUGAAAUACCUUCAGAUGCCAGAUGCUGAGGGUAGUAGCUGGGAGGCUUCUCUUGAUAGCUUCCUUAAUGCAGAGACAACUCAGGAUGGCACAAGUGCAAUGGACUUGUGGAGCUUCGAUGACUUCCCCUCUAUGGCUGGGGGAGUUUAUUGAGCCAACUUUCUGUGCUUGCUAGGCUCUGUAAAUAACAAGGCUACAUGCUGGGAUGGUUGUUUAUCUGAGUUGGGGCUGGAGUACAAACACAGCUGAACAUGCUUAAGCCUUAGUAUGGGAGAAGCAUUCUCUGGAGCUUUUGCCAUAUAAAAGUAGGAUUUGGGUAUUUAGUUCCCGUUCUGUUGCAUUUGAAGUCAUCGAACUUGGGAAUGUUGGAUAUGAUGACUGUAAAUGACAAUAUCGUGUGAUUUGUGUUGAAGACUAAAUCCAUAAAUUUCAACUCUUCUGUUGGUUUCCUCCAUGGCCAUCAUUUUUGAAUCA